CGUGUCCCGUGCCUGAACUCGAACGUGAUGCUGCUGCUGAGCCUGCGCCUCGAAAUGCAGCGUGCAGUUCAACGAGUGGUUCUUUCCAGCUGCUGCAUCACCGUCACAGAAUAAAACACCGCACUGCACUGCAUGACUCGGAUUCCAACAUAAGGAAACCGACUCCGUGCUGCCUCAGAUCCAAUUCCUCUUCCCUUCCUCCCCCACACUUCAGACAAACACUUUCUCAACACGACCAGCUUAUCUGUUAUAUCUAUUCCUUGUCUCUAUUUCUAGUUUAUUUUGCUUUGCCAUUGGAAACUGCUCCACCGGUUGGCAUAGACAUUCGUUUACACAUCAUGUCCGCCCAAGUUGCUCCUACCGUGCCGCCUCGGCCAACUCGAGCCCAACAAGCCGCAGCUCACGGUGCCAACAAGCUACCCGAAGUCCCCCCACGACCUCUCAACAAGCGUCUCGAGCGAUCGGUAUCUCCUGGCCACUACCCUCGCUCUCCGUUGAAUGAACCGUGGAAUGGCAACCUUGCUCGUCAAAAAACCAAUGAACAAACCGAGGCAAUGCCUCGCCGGCCCAGUGUCCAGCACCUGCCUUCCCUUGGCCAGGAAGGAAUGGAAUAUGGCGAGAUUAUGGAACAGGCAAACCAGCAACCUCCAUCAGCGUCUGCCCCGCCCACGGAAUCUGUGACGCAGACUAGGAAUAUUGCACAAGACCUCAAGCUGCAUGCCCCAAAGCCUUCAUUGCCUAAAUCAAGUGCGGCAGCACAGAUCCAGGCCGUCACCCGGACCGAUUCCCAACAGGCCGCUCAACAUGGCAUUGGAAAGCCUUCCACUCCGUCCCAGGACGAAGGUGACUCACUUGGCCGUGUGAGGACUCGAACGAGUUUCUCGCGGCCCAAUUCUACGGUCGGCAACGAACGCCGCUCUUCCAUCCAUGGAGAUGAGUCCGGCCCUGCUGAAUUAGGUCUCCGAGUCCCGAUAAACCCGUUACUCGGAGACGUUCAGGCGCCUACACCAGGGAUGACACCGUCCCAUACUGGGGAUAGUGCUGCCUACAGGAAGCUUCAUUCGCGUUCGAAAAGUCGAGACGUCUCCGCGCCUCCUGGGAGCUACGGUCUGCACGGCCACGGCGUGAUUCCCCAGGAUAAGUUUGAAAAGGAUUGGUACGCCAAACACCCCGAAGCUGCGCAGCAUGAAGAGACUACUGGUCAUGGUGUCUACGAAAGCAUCGGCAGUGGCCGGGGCAGUUUUGCCCUGAGUUCCGAUGAUCUAAACAAGAUUGUUCGCGAGACUGCUAUCCGCGGAUCGGGACUUGGCACCUCCAGCACCACCUACUCUUAUCCAGACGAGCAGAUCGGAUAUGCUGCAUCCGAAGUCUUUAUUUCGAGAUCGCAGAUGAAUACUCCCAAUAACCUCAACCUUACAAAGACAGCGACCAAUGCGUCUCAGCCAGUCGUAGAGUCUCCGUUGCGCAAGGCUAGUUUCCCAGCCGAUGAGACAAUUCCCGCCGAGGUUCGCCGAGGCAGGCUCUCCGCGUCUGGCCGGUCCGAAGACCAUGAAGCCGUGGAAAGCGAGGCCGAACAGGAGGUCCAGAUACAGCCCCGUCGCCGAGUCAGCAAGAUAACGGGUGGAGAAGAGACCCUGGAUGAGACUCUCGAGGCGGAACCAUACGUUUCUCACCCGACUGGGGAAGGCGAUUAUGUCAACGAGCACGGCUACACGGUUCCCAUCCUGGCUGCUGAUGAAGUUGCUAAGGAGGUGGGGAUCGAGCACCUACAACCAGCAGUCUCACCACGCGCUGAACGCCGGGGUAGUGAAUUCGACCUGGACUUUCGCAGUGGGGAAGCAACUCCCGGUUCCCGACCCUCCAGCAGACCGUCCAGCUUAUAUGGGCUGCAAAGCACUUCCCAGACAGGUUCUCGAUCAGCAACACAUCACGAAGAGCGCGAAAGCAUGCAUACUCCGUUAGAAGACGUCGAGGAGUACGAGCCGCUGUUCCCGGAGGACGAGGAAGACAAGAAGAAACCUCUCAGCCAUGCAGAACGGUUCAAGCAAAGGCCUAACUCGCUAAGACAGAGGUUUCCCAGUCAAGACAUCUGGGAGGACACUCCCAGUAGUGCGCUCCAUUUGGCCACAGUUUCCACGCCGGAUCUUCCCACUCAAACAGAGGAACCUGCAUCCAAGGUCUUCGAACCGCCCGAAAAGGAAGCCGCGCGGAAGCAAGAGCCGUCUGAAGAAGAACGAAAGAAGCUCAUUCCAAACGAGGAGCGUCUCGCCAAGUCCAAGUUCGCUCCGCACCUUCGCGAUGAUAUGCCCACUAGGCCAGGACAAGCGCCCCGCUUUCCCAGCUCCGAUAUCUGGGAAGAUAGUCCUGAAAGUCAUCAGCUUGUUGCUGUUGUGAGCACACCGCCGGUAGAUGACGAAGAGGAGGAUUCAGGCGAAGUCGAAGUGCCCAUCAAGCCAUCUGUACCACCACGUCCUGCUGGUAAGAAUAGGCUGGGCGAAGGUGCUUCUUCUGCUCAGGUUGCCCCUAGCGUUCCACCACGUCCGCAGCAAGCUGUCAAUGAUCCCAAGGGCGCAUCAACAUCGCCCACCGAGCUGAAAAAGGUACCUAGCAUACCUGACAGACCGAAGCCUCAAAUUCCCGCUCGACCUGCCAAGAAGUUGGGGGCAGACGCACUCAGCAAGACCCAGUCUCGUGAUUCUACUGGUUCAGCUGAACAUGACAAGGUAUCUCCUCCUCUCUCUAAAGCGAAGCCGCAGGUCCCAGCAAGACCCGGCUUGGGUAGUAAGAUUGCCAACUUGAGAGGAAAUUUUAUGAAUGACCUCAACCAGAAGCUGGGUAUGGGACCUCCUGAAAAGAAAGAGCCGAAAGAGCCAGAGCCUGUUCUAGAGGAGACGAAACCUCUGGAUGAUGCUCGGAAAGGCAGAGCUCGCGGUCCUCAGCGAAGAGCCCCAGCCAAAACUUCUGGAGCAGCCGCCUCUCCGCCUCAAUUUUCCAUAUUCAAGCCACGUGCCUUGUGGACGAUCGACGAUGAUGACGAGGUCAACAUAGCUGAUGUGGAACCUGCGGUCCAAGAAGAUACAACCAAGGCGAAGGACGCUUCUAAUGUGGCAGCCUCAAUUGAGCAGGCGGAGCAGCCUGAUACUUCUACGAGUGGCGACAUUGGCACGUCCUCGACGACUGAGACGCAUGACCACGCAGAGGAUACCGAGAAUCGUAAGCGCGAUGAACCUGUACCACAUGCAACGCCGCUCGCCAGAAAUACAGCUGGCGAGUUAGCAGAACCUGCCCUUGAGUCGGCCUCAGAACAGAAGCCCGACCAGUCAAGUAAAAACCCGGCCGACGAGGAUGUUGCUGGUCUCUCUCAGCAUACCACAGCAAGCACUGCAGAAGCUUCAGGCCCAGAACUGGAAAAGGAGACGCCCAAUCCAAACACUGAUGCUAUUCCUGCAAGUCGGCAGACAACAGCCGGCACUGAUGCUGACACUGUACCUUUAGAGAGGAGCCCUCCUCAGGAGCCUCGAGCUGUCAAGCCUGCAGAAGGGGAGCCAGGCAAAGCCAGCGCUGAAGAAGUGUAGGCCGGGAAUAUUCGGGGUGUGUGCAGAGAGUAACGACUUUGUGACUGGCUACGGUCGAGUGAGCGGGAGAGGAUGAAUCGGAAGCAUCGGUUGCAAGACCAUAUCUACAUCCAAGAGUUGGGCUAAGAACCCCGAGAAUAGACACUAGGAGGCUCUCUUGGAAGCGAGCUGUAAGAUGAAAUGGCUUUCUUGAUUUAAGAUUUCGGUUUCAUUGGUGUUACUCAAACAUGUCAUCAAAGUCUACGGCCCUAGGACGAGCCCUGCCAGCGCGGCCUUGUGAGGCGGCUGAUGAGGAGGGUACUUCAAGGUGUGCCUUGGUGCCUGAUACAGUGUUGUCGUCCCCUUCAACGGUACGCUCAGGCGCGGACGCCGCUGCGGAUGCUCCUGUGACAGCUUCUGGUGUUUCAUGCGGCACACUGGUAGAAGUCGUAGUAGUAGUCGUCGGCGGCUGAGGCUCGCCAGAUGAAGAUGAUGCAUGCUGCUGCGGCGUGACUCCCUCGGGAUGUGAAUGUGACGAUGGUCCGUCUUCCUCUUGUUCUUGUUCCUCAUCGCUGCUAUCGACCAUGGGGACACCAUCGAGGUCAGCGUCACUGGUAGGCCUGUCAUCGUCAUCAUCGUCGGCGUCAUUGUAUUCUUCAUCAUCGGCCAUGGGCUUUCCGUCGACGUUGGUGUCCUCCAUAUUGACAUCACCAUCGUGAUCCUGGCUGUGUGUGUUGUUAUUGCUGAUUGACUGCGGCAGUGCGUAGCCGGAGUCGUGGUCCCGUUGCUCGGCGUCGACAGUAACGGUCCUCCAGCGACUUGCAGCCUUUUCCCUUUCCCGUUCCUUAUCUGCUCUUUUCUCUUCUUCGGCUUCUGCUUUUUCUCUGGCUUCUUUCUCCUCGAGUUCCUUUUCCGUGAGCGGCGGAUGAAGAAACCCAUCCACAAAAGCAUCAUGACUCGGACCCGGAAACACACACCACCCUUCCCAAAGGGCUAAAAUGCUCUGAAUGCUACGGCGCCAUUUGUCU